UUUCUCACAUGAAGAGAGAGAGAGAGAGAGAGAGAGAGAGAGAGGUCUCUGAGUUACCUCAAGAGGCGGAAAGGUUAAAUAGUAUCUCAUCCCGAUGAAAAGCAAAGAAUUGAAGAAAUAAAAUAUGGGCUCAAGUAAUAAAGGAAGCACAAGUGUACAACAACAACAACUACUGCUGCUGAUUGUUUUCGAGGAAUCAAAGAAUAGUAAAAGAUGAAAAAACAAGAAGUGAAAGAAGAACAGAGGAAGAUCUGAAUUCUAUGGCUAGGAUAGUUCUGGGUCAUCAGAUUGUUGGGACGUAAGGAAUAAGCCUACACUUACUUGUUUUCUUGUCUCCUUUCUCGGUCUUCUGCUUGAAUAUCACUUCUCAUCCCACUCUAUUUUCUGUUACUUCCCAAGAUCUCUUAUUUUCUUGAAUCCCUCUGUUUUGUGCCGUCAGUGUUUCAAUUUUGGUUGAGUUGUAAAGAUUCGGUUUUUGCUGGUGAUUGUGACUCUUUCUCAGUUUUGAACUUCUGGGCUCGCUCUGAUUUGCUCCUGUUGCAAGGAUUCUGUUUGCUUGUUCUGAGAAGCCCUGUCUAGAGAAGUUAUCUUUAACUGAAAAGAACUGUGUGUUUCUUUCACGUAGAUGAUAUAGCUUGCUGGGCUUUGCUUCUUUCACUCUAAAUUCACUUUUGUCUUGCAAGAACUUUGAUUUUGUCAUUAUUCUGUGAAGAUCCUAUAGAUAUGCUCUUUGAAAGGGAAGUGUUCUCUCUACAAGUCAGUUUAUAGAGACCACUAGGCAUAGGGUCCCUUUUUACGUUGCUUUUACUCAGAUUUUAACUCAGGACUCUCAGCUUCGUUCCUGACGUCUGCCCUUUCUGCUUUUCAAAAGCAGGCUGGUUUAAGGCGUCUGAAGUUUGAUUAUUUAGUGAAAAGAUGAACGGCGCUGCAUUGGUAGCAAUUGCUGCCACAAUUGGCAACUUCUUGCAGGGUUGGGAUAAUGCAACUAUUGCAGGAGCUGUUGUUUACAUUAAAAAAGAGCUUGAGCUGGGAGCUGCCAUAGAAGGGCUUAUCGUGGCAAUGUCACUCAUUGGAGCCACAGUUAUCACCACUUGCUCAGGAACGAUAUCAGAUUGGAUUGGUCGGCGUCCAAUGCUUAUUCUGUCUUCCAUAUUCUAUUUUCUCAGUGGCUUGAUAAUGUUAUGGUCUCCUAAUGUCUAUGUUUUACUUCUAGCAAGGCUCUUAGAUGGGUUCGGUAUUGGACUUGCUGUUACUCUAGUUCCACUCUACAUAUCUGAAACUGCACCAUCUGAGAUACGGGGACUGUUGAAUACCCUUCCUCAGUUCACUGGCUCUGCUGGAAUGUUUUUGGCAUAUUGUAUGAUUUUUGGAAUGUCCUUAGGGUCCUUGACCAGUUGGCGCUUGAUGCUAGGAGUUCUUUCAAUUCCUUCUCUGUUAUAUUUUGCAUUAACAGUGUUUUAUUUACCUGAAUCUCCUCGAUGGCUCGUAAGUAAAGGAAGAAUGCUUGAGGCAAAACAAGUUCUACAAAAACUGCGUGGAAGGGAGGAUGUCUCUGGUGAGAUGGCUUUACUAGUUGAAGGUCUGGCGGUUGGUGGUGAAACUUCAAUAGAAGAGUACAUCAUUGGUCCAGCGGACGAACUUGAUGAAGAUGAGGAACCAUCUGCUGAUAAAGAUCAUAUCAAGUUGUAUGGGCCUGAGGAGGGCCUCUCAUGGGUUGCAAAACCAGUCACAGGACAGAGUCGUCUUAGCCUAGUCUCUCGGCAAGGAAGCUUGGUAACUCCAAGUGUUCCUCUUAUGGAUCCUCUUGUCACGCUCUUUGGCAGCGUCCAUGAGAAGCUCCCUGACGCAGGGAGUAUGAGAAGCAUGCUAUUCCCCAAUUUCGGUAGCAUGUUCAGUACUGCAGAACCUCCGAUUGAUAAUGAAGAGUGGGAUGAGGAGAGUUUGCAGAGAGAAGGUGAGGGUUACACGUCCGAGGGUGGUGGUGCAGACUCUGACGACAAUUUGCGCAGCCCAUUAAUUUCACGUCAAACCACAAGCUUGGAGAAGGAUAUAGUGCCUCCUCAAUCCCAUGGAAGCAUCUUGAGUGUAAGACGGCAUAGUAGUCUAAUGCAAGGGAAUGCUGGGGAAGCAGCCGGUAGCAUGGGAAUUGGUGGUGGUUGGCAACUAGCAUGGAAAUGGUCUGAAAGAGAAGGUGAAGAUGGAAACAAAGGAGGGUUUAAGCGGAUUUACCUGCACCAGGAAGGAGCCCCUGGUUCUAGACGUGGUUCUCUGGUUUCACUUCCCGGUGCUGAUGUCCCUACAGACGGCGAGUUCAUCCAGGCUGCGGCCCUAGUAAGCCAGCCAGCUCUGUAUUCAAAAGAACUUGUGGAUCAGCAUCCUGUUGGACCAGCUAUGGUUCACCCAUCGCAAAAUGCUGCUAAAGGACCAACAUUGGCCGCUCUUCUUGAACCAGGGGUCAAACGAGCCUUAAUUGUUGGAAUUGGGAUUCAAAUACUGCAGCAGUUUUCUGGAAUCAAUGGGGUUUUGUACUACACUCCUCAAAUUCUUCAGCAAGCAGGUGUUGAUGUUCUUCUUUCCAACCUUGGCAUUGGCUCAGAUUCUGCAUCCUUCCUCAUCAGUGCAUUCACAAAUCUCUUGAUGCUUCCUAGUAUUGCUGUUGCAAUGAGGUUCAUGGAUAUAUCUGGGAGAAGGUCAUUGCUGCUGACAACUAUCCCAGUCUUGAUAGUAGCGCUCAUUGCCCUUGUGAUUGGAAACGUUUUCGAUUUUGGUACUGUAGCUCAUGCUGUAAUCUCAACCAUCUGCGUUGUUAUCUACUUCUGCACGUUCGUGAUGGGCUAUGGACCAAUCCCAAAUAUUCUCUGCUCGGAAAUCUUCCCAACGAGGGUUCGUGGCAUCUGUAUUGCCAUAUGUGCCCUCGUUUUCUGGAUAUGCGACGUGAUUGUUACUUACACGCUCCCUGUGAUGCUUAGUUCCAUUGGCUUAGCUGGCGUCUUUGGGAUUUAUGCUGUGGUCUGUGUGAUCUCCUGGAUUUUCAUAUUCUUGAGGGUUCCAGAGACCAAGGGCAUGCCUUUAGAAGUUAUUACAGAGUUCUUUGCUGUUGGCGCCAAACAGGCUGCUGCUGCUAAACACGAGUGAUGAAGACAUCAGUGUCCGUCCUCGAUGCUGCUAGAGAUGAUGAAUGCCGACAUAGCAGGUUUUGUGCAGUGUUGUUUCAUUGAGAUUAGCAUGUAGGAUUGGAUGAGUUCUCUUUGUUGUGUACUUUCUAAAUUUUGCUGUGAUAUGGCAUCCUUUCAGUUGGAGAAGUUUGUUGAAUUUAA